UGGGCCAGAUAUUAUUGAUGAGGAGGAGGAGGAUGAAGAUGAGGACAAACCAGGACCAUGUAGUGGAGUGAAGAGUACACACAAUGGCAAAAUACCUGUAACUCAGAACUGGAAUGGCAAACCCAAGACAGCAGUUCAACUAGCUGGCGAGACUCUUGUCACCAGGCUUGUGGCAGAGCUUAUAGUGAGUGGUGAGGAGGAGGUCUUGCUUCUCCAGGAGGAGAUUAGGAGGCUGAAGGUCCACCUCAAUGGGUCUGGGAGAGAGUGUGAGGUGGCUGGAGUUGUGGGGAAUGAGACUUCUAGCAGUGAGGUGCAGUCUGUCUCUCGCUGUGAGGAGGCUGUAGUUGGGGAGGUAGCAACGGCUACCAGCAGUGAGGUGCAGCCCAGCACCUGCUACAAGUGGCGAGUGGUUCACAGUAAUGGGAGGCGCAUCAGAGUAAGGAAAGUUAAGAGUGAAGAUCUGAAGGUUGAUGGAAUCAUCUGCAGCUUUGAUGAAGCAAUUGCACAGCUCAUAUUCUUCCAAAAAUCUUCUGCCAGUAGUGGUGCAUGGAACACCCUUUUAGAAAUUGGUCCAGAUUUUCGGAUUGCUAUAACAGGCAGAAUCAAGGUAAAGCAUGUAACUGUACCCACAUGGAAGAAAAGGCAUGCUCACGAUGAGUCGGCAAUGAUAAUCAGUGAAACAUCAUAUCAUCGCAAUGAUGAUGCACAGACUGCAGUAAAUUCUGAUGAAGUUAUUCCUGGCUACAAGUAUGGCACAACUUUGGUUCCAUUUUCAGAUGAGGAUGCACAAAUGCAGUACCAUUCAAACAGUCCUCGCAGUCUUAGUGUAUUAGGAUUUACGAAGUCAUGCAAUGUGUCUCAUCAGAGACGGGCCGGGGACCAAGUAUUAGUCAUCACUGCUCAAGAGGGCCAUGAGGCAGCAGCUGUGGCUCUCUCCUCUUUAAUACAAGCAUUAGAAGAACUGGAUAUGGUGGCCAUUACCAGGAGAAUCUACAACAAGAAUAGCAAUCCUACUAUGGGUGUGCUUUUUCCUGAUAUUACAACAAACUAUGAGUGCCUCAUAUGGAUACCAUUACCAUACCAGGAAGAUGUUCGAGUCUACACGUUUCCUCCCCUUCAGCAUAUUAUAGAGAAGCUUAAUGAUAGUGAGAUUCAAAUAAUGGAUGAUUUAAUAUCUUCCAUGGACCUCACUUGCCAAGAAGAAGAUGAUGAGGAAGUAUUGGCCCCAGUGGGUGUUCUCAACCCACAGUUGCAACAUUACUUCAAUACACUCACCCACCGUGCUCUUCAUCCCAAUGAUCCCAUACCUCCACCUGCAACUCAUGUUUUAAAUAUACUUGAGACUCCAAUGAGUGUUUGUGAAGCAAGAGACAAAGUUGCAUCAUCCCUGAAGACACUUUUCCCAACUAAGAAAAUUGUGAAAGCUAAAAGAGAUAGCAAAGAUCUGUUUGCAAGUACUGAUGGCAAGAGCAACAAGAAGUCUAAGAAGGAUGGGAAUGAGACCAUGAGUGCUAGUGACCUGACUCGCUCUCUGGUGACUCACGUCACCACGGCUACUCCAGUCAAAGACUUUUUGGCGCUCCUUGGUGGUGAAGCACCCGACUUCAACCUAAUUUGUAAGCAGCUUGCAGACGUUGUACUCCAGUUAAUUGACGGUCUUGGAAGCGGAGGUGGUUCUAAUGCUGCAAUGAUGACUAAAGUGAUUGAUUGUUUGACAACCUUCCGUCAGGAGUCUUGUAGCAUAGAUCCAUCAACCUACAAUAAAUUUCUCUCCAGCCUGAAAGAGGUUGUAACCUCCAUGUCUUUAAGUGACCUCUGGGACCAUGUCAAAGAAAGUAGGCUUGGCAUGAUUAACAGCGAAGAAAAUGCGAGGAGUAGUGUAGAUAGAGCUGCAGCUGAAGAAUUCCUGAAGUUGGAACAGCAGUCACAGCAGCCAGCCCCAGCUCCUCAAGUUCAGAAUGACGACGUUGAAGAUUUGCUGGAUGACAUGUAGUGUGUGUUGCAGAUAGUCUUCAUGGUACUGGAGAAACUCGAAAAUUAAAUGCCUUAGAAACUCUGCCUAGAAAGAAAAGUGAUGAAAAGUAUUAUUUUCUUUAAAUUUUGACUCUGUGU